AUGAAAAUUUCACUUCUCCUCGCGCUUGGUGCGUUUGUGGCCAACACGGACGCUGCUGUCCCUGUUAUUCCGACGAAUCGUAUGGCUCAGUUCCUCCAGGAAAAAUCAAGCCUUAAGUCUGGAUUGACUAUGUGGAAGCAGAGCGAUGCUGGCCAGUACGCCACAAAGCAUGGUUUUGUUCCUGCCCCCACCUUGAGGGAUGUCCAUGCAGCAGAAGACGAGGAGCUGCGUCGAUUCUUUCUGGCAAAGCUACUGAUUGAAGAGGCCGAAGCAACCAACCCAGAGGCGGUUUUCUCGAUCGAUACGCCGUUUACGCUGAUGACGGAGGGUGAAUUCACCAAGUUUGUCGGUGAAUCAUAUCAACGUGACUCUGGUCUUCUCGCAGGCACGCCAUCCACUGUCGAAGUGUUUUCGAACGCGACAACCCUACUCAGCAUUGAAAAGGACUGGACUACGUCGGGAUGCGUUGUUGGUGUCAAGAACCAAGGCCAGUGCGGCUCUUGCUGGGCGUUCGCAGCCGUGGCUUCUCUCGAGAGUGCUGUUUGCCUCGCUGGACAGCCCCUGACAUCUCUUUCUGAACAGCACGUGGUGGACUGUGACAAAGCAUCAUAUGCUUGUCAGGGCGGGUUCCCUGGCGACGCUUUGAGCUUCAUUCAGCGUGCUGGUGGUGUCUGUACAGAGAAAGCCUACCCGUAUGUAUCAGGAGACACGGGCGACCGUGAUACAUGCCAGACGUCAUCUUGCACUCCAAAAGGUGUGACUAUCCGCAAUGUCGUGACAGUUCCUAAGAGUGAGAAUGGUCUUCUUCAAGCUCUCAGUGGUCGCCCUGUGGCCGUUGGCGUUGCAGCAGGUAAUCCUACCUGGAAGCAAGAUAAAAUUACUCACAAUGUGUGGACUGCUUACGUGUUUACCCUCUUCUUUUGGUCUGCUCGAAGCAUUCUCUUUCAACAGGUUGUAGCUGGUUAUGUAUUUGUGCUUACGUCGUCUAAUAAACCUGUAGGUAUUGUUAAGGGCAUUCAGGGCAUCUCACAGCUUCUAUUCUCGCUUCCAGCCGGUUUGUUUGCCGAUCGCAUUCGUCGAGAUACCAUACUGAAGCUUUCUGGAGCUAUCGGUAUUGUUGGCGCAAUCAUUACCUUUGUCUCAGUAAAGACGACGUCGAUCAACGGCCUUUACGUAGCUUUUGGACUCUGGGGACUUUUUGCGGCCUUUCAAAGUCCCGCCAUGGAAGCUCUCUUCGCAGACUCCAUCCCUCCUGGAAAGCGCAGCUUUCCAUUCAUGAUCAAGUACAAUAUCAGCAAUUUGGCACAAAUGCUUGGUCCAGUAUUAAGCAUUUUUCUCUUUAAAUUUUAUGGAGAUAAAUGGCAACUACCGGAGCUUAAGCCUGUGCUUGAGUUUGGCUGUGUGUUGGCCAUUAUCGGCUCCUUAAUAUUGUUCCAGUUCAAUGAUGACAGAGCCAAAGACUACAUGCUAGACAAGUCUAAGGAAGAUAAAGAAAACGAAGAGUUGCUGGAGAAGAUGGUCAUUUCAUCGCCACUACGCACACCAAAGCUCGUUGGCAACUGCAAUGAGAUUGACAUGGUGUACGACUACUCAGAGGAAGACGAUAUCAUUGUAGAUGUCACGUCUCCGCCGACAGUCACGGAGAAUACGGCAUUAUUGCUGUUGAAGGGUAAAACGGCGGAAGAGUUGGACUUAGAGCGUCAGCAGCGCUUACAGGACGUAGACGAUGACGAAGAAGGCUAUAUGACCCAUCUCGAUGCCAAGUGUCUCUGCUUCAGCACCAAGCACGUGCCGUACCUUUUGUUCUUGUCGGAUUUUAUCGUUAGCAAUGGCGCUGGCAUGACGAUCAAUUUUUUCCCGCUCUUUUUCAAGGAGGAAUAUGGACUCACACCGAUCCACGUGUGCGUGCUCUUUGUGAGUCAGCCAUUCAUUGUCAUGAUCCUGUCAUUCCUUUCACAGCGGUUGUCAAAGUCCUGUGGUCGCAUGCCAAUUAUUGCAUUCACGCGAGCACUUUCAGUGGCGUGUCUGUUCUCCAUGGCGUACGCACAGCCGAUGGCUCUACAGAUCGUACUGUUUUUGAUGCGUGGCGGAUUAAUGCGCUGCUCACAACCUUUACGUCGAUCCAUCUUGAUGGACUACGUACCCAAGAAUAUUCGUGCACGCUGGAACGCGCUGGAAGGCUUGUCAGUGUUCUCCUGGUCUGGCAGUGCAGUGCUUGGAGGCUUUCUCAUUGAUGCAUACGGUUACCGCAUAUGCUUCAUCAUCACGUCGCUUGUCUACUGUGUUGGUCUAGGCUUGGAAAUGUUUUUACUGCCGUUGACAAAGCGCGCCAUUGAGAGAUAG